GGGGUCCUACAAAUAGCUUCUCCUGCUCGCUGUCUGCUCCACUCUUCUCUCCUGCUCUUGCUUCUCUUGCAAACUUGAGCGUCUGCCAUCAUGCCCGAACCUGCCAAGUCGGCUCCGGCUCCGAAGAAGGGCUCCAAGAAAGCCGUUACGAAGGCCCAGAAGAAGGACGGCAAGAAGCGCAAGCGCAGCCGCAAGGAGAGCUACUCCAUCUACGUGUACAAGGUGCUGAAGCAGGUCCACCCGGACACGGGCAUCUCGUCCAAGGCCAUGGGCAUCAUGAACUCCUUCGUCAACGACAUCUUCGAGCGCAUCGCCGGCGAGGCUUCCCGUCUGGCGCACUACAACAAGCGCUCCACCAUCACUUCCAGGGAGAUCCAGACGGCCGUGCGCCUGCUGCUCCCCGGGGAGCUGGCCAAGCACGCCGUGUCGGAGGGCACCAAGGCCGUCACCAAGUACACCAGCUCCAAGUAACUUGGAGACGUGGAGUCCCGGGAUAUCUCGAUGUCCCCCAACACACAACGGCUCUUUUCAGAGCCACCCACUUCUCUCACUGAGAAAGAGCUGACGCCGCUAGUUGACUUGCUUUCUUUGGGGCUGCUGCCCCGGGGCGCCUCUUGU